GGGCUGGUGCUCAGGGCCCUGCACAGAUUCAGGGAGCGCGAUGGGAUAUUGGUUGGUUUGCUGGUUGUGCCUUUGGGCUGCUCUGCCCCUCCUGGCCUCUGCUGUGUGUGACCCGGAGCCGGCCUGGAGGCUGCCGUGUGGCCCGCCCGCUAUCAGCAGCACUGACUGUAUCAAGCAGGGCUGCUGCUUUGAGUCACCGAGCCUCAGUGGGCAGCCCUGUUUCUACAACCUGAGAGAGAGCCCGGUGUGUACAGCAGAUGGCCAGUUCAUUCUAGCGAUUACCAGGAAUCUGACCCGUCCUGCCCUCAACCUGUCAUCUCCUCUGUACGUGAAAGAUGGACGAGAAGCUGAGUGCAGGCCUAAGCUCAUCACAGAGGAACUUGUAGCCUUCCGCUUCCCAAUUACCUCUUGUGGCUCGACCCAGCGGGAGGAGAUUGGAAGCUUUGUGUAUGAAACAGACAUCUUAGGGAAGAGGAUGAUUCAGGCGGGGCCACAGGGCUCAAUAACCUUCAGGUGA